AUGCGGUUAAACAUCAGAUCUUCCUUGCCAGCUUCUCUGACUUUGACAUCACUAGGACUGCCCCCAGGUGGUUUGAGUCCUACCUCUUGGACUGUGACAUUGAUGACUAUACCACCUCUGACAUCACUUCCAGUGUCCAUCUGCCUGGACCCAUCUCUUCCUCAAAGCCAGAAUAUCUGCCAUCUUAGAGCAGUCACAACUGGACUCACUGGUGAGCUGACAGGAUUUGUUGUGACGGUGAUGGAGCUACAGAAUGUGGUGUUCUUCAUCCAGGACACGGUAGCAGAACUCCAGUUAAUCAAAAUCCAGGCUGGGAAACAAUGGACUCAACUUGCUGAAGCGGAGAAGACGUCCGAGGUCAUCAUGACUAAUGCAAGCCUGACAACCUCAUCAGUUGAGCAGUUUAUUGUCUUUGGCUUUCCAGGAUUUCAGGAUCAUGAAAGCAAACUUCUCAUUUCUGUAAUAUUCUUGAUUGCCUACCUUUUUAUUUGGCUGGGGAAUGUCAGCAUUAUUGUCACAUUCAUGUUGAAUGAAAGCCUGCACAAGCCCAUGUAUGUUCUGAUUUGCACUCUGGCAGUGUUUGACAUUACUUUUUCAUCUAUCACAGUCCCAAGAGCACUGGCAGUUUUAAUGUUUGACGCCAGAGUGGUAUCGUUUAAUGCUUGUUUUGCUCAACUUUUUCUUUUUCAUGCUGUAGGAAGUUCACAGUCCUUUCUCUUAAUGUUGAUGGCAUAUGACAGAUUGGUGGCCAUCUGUAACCCCCUUCUCUACAGCACCAUUAUGAGCAACAGAGUCAUUCUAAAUCAGAUCACAUUGUGUUGGCUUGGCGGAUUCAUUACUCCUUUGAUUCCACUCAUUUUGGCUCUCAGGCUGCCCUUCUGUGGUCCCAAUAAAGUUAUGAACAUUUAUUGUGAGCUUGCCUCUGUGGUCCGACUGGCUUGUAGUGACAUUUCAGUUAAUACCACUUUGGCUUUCAUCAUUGCUAUGUGCACAUUGCUCAUCCCCUUGGCUUAUAUUGUGUAUUCCUACAUAUGCAUCAUUAAAUCUGUGCUCAAUAUUGCCAGUUCUGAAGGACGGGUCAAGGCUUUCUCUACCUGUGGGACACACCUGAUGGUAAUUUGUAUCUUUAUUGUCACUGCUGUUGGUUUUUACAUUUCAUAUCGGAUCCCAGGAAGUUCUGAAGAUGUGCGCACAAUGGCAGCUGUGUUGCAGAAUAUAAUUCCACCGUUACUGAACCCUGUUAUAUACUGCCUGAGGAAUAAAGAGAUUAGAGACAACUUUGUGAAAAGUGUAAAAAGAUGUAAAAUAUUACCAUGA